AUGAAUCAGACAGCAGUUGGCUCAGAAAAAUAUUCAGAAAUUGUUAGCGCAAGCUUGAAAGUCUGCGUUACAAAAAAGCAGGAAACAUUCCAACGCAAACAUUCUAAUGUCUGUUUGGUAUUUCUUCGGUCAGUGAAGAUGUCGGUGUUCCAUGACGAAAUCGAAAUUGAAGACAUGGAGUAUGAUGAGGAGUCAGAAACAUAUUCUUAUCCUUGUCCAUGUGGUGAUCGAUUCCUGAUUACGAAGGAAGAUCUAUUGUCCGGUGAUGAUGUAGCACGUUGUCCUAGCUGUUCUCUGUAUAUACGUGUUAUUUAUGACAUGGAAAAUAUACCAUCCAACCUACAGGAAUCACCAGCUGAAAUCAUGGUUACCUGA